GUGGUCGUCGUCUUCUUCUGCGGGCAGCCUUUAAAAGAUCCGCACCCUCCCUCUCCUUGGAAACACGCCCUCUCCCUCUCCUUUGAGACACACUCCUUGGCUCGCCUAACUGAUCAUCUCCGUGAAGUCUUCUGUUGCCACAGAGUUGGACCCGGGGAUGUGAUAUCGAGACCAAGGAGAAGACUUGGUUUUUGUUUCAGGUUUCCAUGGACAAUACCGGUUUUGUAAGGCAUGGUAUGCUGAGGCUUCCACCGGGAUUCAGGUUCCAUCCCACUGAUGAAGAACUUGUGGUUCAGUACCUCAAGAGGAAGGUCUACUCCUUCCCCUUGCCGGCCUCCAUCAUCCCCGAGAUCGAUCUCAGGAACCAUGACCCAUGGGAUCUACCCGGUGGGCGCGAAGAGGUCCGGUACUUGUUCAGCUUCAGAGAGGCAACAUAUCUGAACCGAAACCGAUCGAAUCCGAGGGCAAGAUCCGGAUGCUGGAAAGUAGCAGGGAAGGAGAGGCAAGUGGUGGCUUCCGGGUGCAACCAGGUGGUGGGGAUGAAGAAGGUUUUGGUCUUCUAUCGAGGAAAGCCGCCGACGAGAACCGAUUGGAUCAUGCAUGAGUAUCGCCUCGCCCGGCCCGAUGCCAAUCCAAGAAAUGAUGCAACUCAUAGUAGCAUGGUUCCAAACGGAGAUUGGGUGUUGUGUCGCAUCUUUAGGAAGAAGAGAGCCGCCAAGAUGGAGGCCGAAGAAGAUGAUGAACAGGCAGGAGAGCAGAUGAUGAGGAUGGGAGAUGAUGGCUCCAGCUGCGUCACUGAGCUCCCUGAUGUAUCUAGUGAUGGAGAGGAAGCGAGUUCAAGCAGCAUGAGUUCACCUCCAUGAGAACAAGUUACUGUAACAUCACAUGCUCACACUGUCCGUCCUCUAGUUGUCUUCUUCCUGGAAACCAGAGGCAGAAUAAAGUUCGAGCUGUAAAUUCUAGGAGAUACGUGUAAUCUCUUCAUCUCUUGCAACUAAUCCUUUGUACUA